AGUAAGCAAGUUUUCCGUAUCACGAGAGUAUAUGAUGCCGGGUAGUAAUAUAGUAGAAAAAGAAUAUUCUGUGUGGGAAAUCGAGGGAGCGCAAGCGCGGUUCCCAGGGUGCGAGCAUCAGGGUGAAAAUGCACCAUGGCAAGGGAGUGUCAGGAGGCGGUCGCCUGAGCCGUCAAAAUCCAAACAUGCAGCCGGCUCAAAACGGAAUUUGUGAUAGGAUCGAAAAUUAUAUAUCCGAACUCGGGAAGUGGUCGGUAUGGAAGACGAUAAUUCGUGGUCAAUUUCUAUCGGUUGUUCUCUGUUUUAUGACGUUUAUCAAUCACCACAUAAACACGGCGAACCGGCUUUCGGUGCCAACAGGGCAAAAUUUUCCUCACUACGUAAUGAUGUGCGUCGUUUACACGACCUGGCUAUCCUGCAGAGGGGCUGGAAACGGUUUGAUAUCCGUUAUAAAAGCUAGGGGAUGGCGAUACUUGUUGUUAGCACUAAUUGACGUCGAAGCAAAUACUCUGGUGACAGCAUCUCAUCAAUUCACAAGUCUCGCUAGCAUACAGCUUUUAGACUGCGUAGCGAUUCCAGUUGCUCUCGCUUUGUCAUGCCUUGUUCUAGGGGUGAGAUACAGAAUGGUUCACAUUGUCGGUGUUUCAGUAUGCCUUAUGGCAAUAGGAAGUUUGGUAUGGGCUGGUAUCGAAGAUGACAAAGAUCCAACAGCGACUGGUAAAAAUCAGCUGGUCGGUGACAUGCUUUGCCUGGGUGGCGCGGUUUUAUUCUCGGUAAUAACGGUGCUCCAAGAAUUAGCGGUGAAAACGGUCGACAUUAUUGAAUAUUUGGGAAUGAUCGGAUUCUUCGGUACGAUAAUAAGUUGUGCACAAAUGGGCGUUUUGGAAAGGCUUCAAUGGGAAACAUUCUCCUGGGACAACGCGCCGGUGAUAACAUCCCUCGUAGUUUAUUGUAUAUCGCAAUUCGUAUUUUAUUCACUCGUACCUGUGAUCCUGUUCGAAUCUGGAGCGACGGCAUUACAAUUGGCAUUAUUGACGGCCGAUUUUUUCAACAUUUUAUUCGGAAUGUUGACGAAUCAGUACAAGUUCCACACGCUCUACUUCGUUUCCUACGCUUUAACAAUGACCGGAAAUUUCAUUUACGCGAUUCAACGAACGCCGAUAUCUUCAAAUUCCAGAAGACAACACGUUGAACUACCGGCGCCAGAUUACAGUGACGUUAUUUUAAGACACAUGUCUCAUCCCGACGUUGGUGAAGUCGAAAUGGCGACAAGUUCAGGAAUGUCAGCAGUUAGUGGUACAUUAGAUUUACGUGCAUCGACAUUAAGCAGUGAAAGAGAAGCGAUUAUAGACGCCACAAGUCUUCCCUUAAGCGUCAGCUCAGAUACGGCCUUUACUUCAUUUUACGGCAGUCAAGUAAAUUUGAAGACGAUAACAACGAACGGUGGUGCGGCGUGUUAACACAACGAUGAACUGAAUAAAUAAUAAAUAUAAAUCAAGUAAGAAAAACUGGAAUUUAAA